ACAGCGCAAGUGGACGUGCUGUCCGCCGCGCUGCGCGCUUCCAGGCUGGACGCUCGCGAGGAGGCCAGUGAUGCAGAAAACAGAAGUGAUGUGCAAGAUGAGUUGGGUGUAAAUGAGCUACCAAACUGUAAAAUAAAUCACGACGCCUCCGUGCCUUUAAUCAGCGAUGCUGUUGAGAGGUGCUUUGUUUCUGAUCGGACCAUUUCACUGCAGCAAGCAACACAGUAUUCUGAGCAGAAGAUCGGGACUUGAGGCCAUGUUGCGGAGGGCCAGUGGCAUUAUCUGGACUCUGGAGUGUGAGGAAUAUGGACUCUGCCCUUCGCUAUAUUCAUAAUGAUUCGGACUUGAGCACCAACAGUAGUUUUAGCCCUGAUGAGGAGAGGAGAUCCAAAGUACAAGAUGUUGUGCCUCAGGCUCUGUUAGAUCAGUAUUUAUCUAUGACUGACCCGUCUCGUGCACAGACGGUCGACACGGAGAUCGCUAAGCACUGUGCAUACAGCCUUCCCGGCGUGGCCCUGACCCUGGGCAGGCAGAACUGGCACUGCCUGAGAGAGACCUACGAGACGCUCGCGUCAGACAUGCAGUGGAAGGUUCGAAGAACAUUAGCCUUCUCCAUCCACGAGCUUGCAGUUAUUCUUGGAGAUCAGCUGACAGCUGCAGAUCUGGUUCCAAUCUUCAAUGGAUUUUUAAAAGACCUCGACGAAGUCAGGAUAGGUGUUCUUAAACAUUUGCAUGAUUUUCUGAAGCUUCUUCAUAUUGACAAAAGAAGAGAGUAUCUUUAUCAACUUCAGGAGUUUUUGGUGACAGAUAAUAGUAGAAAUUGGCGCUUUCGAGCUGAACUGGCUGAACAGCUGAUUUUACUUCUAGAAUUAUAUAGUCCCAGAGAUGUUUAUGACUAUUUACGUCCCAUUGCUCUGAAUCUAUGUGCAGAUAAAGUUUCUUCUGUUCGUUGGAUUUCCUACAAGUUGGUCAGUGAGAUGGUGAAGAAGCUGCACAUGGCGACGCCCCCCACGUUUGGAGUGGACCUCAUCAAUGAGCUUGUAGAAAACUUUGGUAGAUGUCCCAAGUGGUCUGGUCGGCAAGCCUUUGUCUUUGUCUGCCAGACUGUCAUUGAGGACGAUUGCCUUCCCAUGGACCAGUUCGCCGUGCAUCUGAUGCCACAUCUGCUAACCUUGGCGAAUGAUAGGGUUCCAAAUGUUCGAGUGCUGCUCGCAAAGACAUUAAGACAAACUCUACUAGAGAAAGAAUAUUUCUUAACCUCUGCCGGCUGUCAUCAGGAAGCCGUGGAACAGACCAUCGUGGCUCUUCAGAUGGAUCGGGACAGUGAUGUCAAGUAUUUUGCAAGCAUCCACCCUGCUAGUACCAAAAUCUCUGACGAUGCCAUGAGCACAGCUUCCUCAACCUACUAGAAAGCUGGAACCUCACUGUCCUCCUCCUUCCUCGGGAGCCAAGGGCUGACAAGUGCCCCACACGUGUGAUCUAGGACAGCCUCUGGGAGGAGGAGAGACCUUCCUCUCUCGCAGACUCAAUUGCAGGUGCAAGUUGCCUACACUGAUACCAGGGAUUUUAAGAGUCAAGAGAAAGUACAGUAAACACUAUUAUCUUAUCUUGACUUUAAGGGAAAAUAAUUUCUCAGAGGAUUAUAAUUGUCACCGAAGCCUUAAAUCCUUCUGUCUUCCUGACUGAAUGAAACUUGAAUUGGCAGAGUAUUUUCCUUAUGGAAGGGAGGAGAUUCCCAGAGACCUGCAUUGCUUUCUCCUGGUUUUCUUUAACGACAGAUAGAUGGAGUGGCAGCCAGAAGGCGGCUGUGAGCCAGGAUGUAAAGAGAUCUUCAGUAUUAGCCCGCACUGUCCCCACGCAGGCAAGGACCUGUUGGUUCUGUGGCCAGCUGCCCAGCCCAGCCCUAAGUGUGAAUAGUUUUUGGCGUGUGUAAAUGCGAAAGGAGAUUUGGGGGGGGGGGAGGGGUUCUCCUAAGGGCUUGAUGCUAACACUAAAGUAGAAUCUGAUUUUAACUCUUAAAUGCAGCAUAUUGCUGUGCACAUUUACAGAACGUUGGCUGAGUAUCUAUGUCCUGAUUUUCUUCAUGCUGGUCAUGACCUGAAGGAGUUUAUUGGCACGUGUGCUGUAUGUCAGGUGUUUUUAACUUGAUCAUGAUCAGCUCUAGGUGCAGCUUUCCUUCCCAUGCUGUACAUACCUGUGACCACUCUCAGGAGUGCUGCGGUCUUUAAUCAUGCUGUCUAAACUGUUGUGGCACAAGUUCUCUUGUCCAAAUAAAAUUUAUUAAGAUCUAUAGAGAGAGAUACACACUUCUGAUUGUUUUCUAGAUGUCUGCAAAUAAAUGCAAUUUGUGACCUGUAUUAAUGAUUUAGUAUGAAGUGGGAAAACUAGAUUAAAAUAUUUGUCUUUUAA